UCAAAGAAUUCACACUGGGGAGAAGCCUUAUAAAUGCUUAGAGUCGCCAAGAGCUUUUCUCAGGGUAUAAACCUCAAGCAGCAUCAAAGAAUUCACACUGGGGAGAAGCCUUAUAAAUGCUUAGAAUGCUGGAAGAGCUUUGCUCGCAACGAAAGCCUUCAGCAGCAUCAAAGAUUUCACACUGGGGAGAAGCCCUAUAAAUGCUUAGAAUGCGGGAAGAGCUUUUCUCGCAACGAAAGCCUUAAGCAGCAUCAAAGAUUUCACACUGGGGAGAAGCCCUAUAAAUGCGUAGAAUGCGGGAAGAGCUUUGCAAGCAACGCAAACCUUAAGAAGCAUCAAAGAAUUCACACUGGGGAGAAACCCUAUAAAUGCUUAGAGUGUGGAAAGAGCUUUGCUUACAGCGCAUACCUUAAGCAGCAUCAAAGAAUUCACACUGGGGAGAAGCCCUAUAAAUGCUUAGAGUGUGGAAAGAGCUUUGCUCACAGCGCCCACCUUAACCACCAUCAAAGAAUUCACACUGGGGAGAAGCCUUAUAAAUGCUUAGAGUGUGGAAGGAGCUUUGCUCAGAGCACAUACCUUAAGCAGCAUCAAAGAAUUCACACUGGGGAGAAGACUUAUAAAUGCUUAGAGUGUGGAAAGAGCUUUUCUCAGUGUAUAAACCUUAGGCUGCAUGAAAGAAUUCACACUGGGGAGAAGCCCUAUAAAUGCUUAGAAUGCGGGAAGAGCUUUGCAAGCAACGCAAACCUUAAGAAGCAUCAAAGAAUUCACACUAGGGAGAAACCCUAUAAAUGCUUAGAGUGUGGAAAGAGCUUUGCUCACAGCGCAUACCUUAAGCAGCAUCAAAGAAUUCACACUGGGGAGAAGCCCUAUAAAUGCUUAGAGUGUGGAAAGAGCUUUGUUCACAGCGCACACCUUAAGCACCAUCAAAGAAUUCACACUGGGGAGAAGCCUUAUAAAUGCUUAGAGUGUGGAAGGAGCUUUGCUCAGAGCACACACCUUAAGCAGCAUCAAAGAAUACACACUGGCGAGAAGCCUUAUAAAUGCUUAGAAUGCGGGAAGAGCUUUGCUAACAGCACAAGCCUUAAGCCGCAUCAAAGAAUUCACACCGGAGAGAAGCCCUAUAAAUGCUUAGAAUGCGGGAAAAGCUUUGCUCAGAGCACACACCUUAAGCAACAUCAAAGAAUUCACACUGGGGAGGAGUCCUAUAAAUGCGUAGAGAGCGUUGCUCAGGUUAUAAACUUUAAGCAGCAUCAAGAAAUUCACACUGGGAAGAAGCCCUAUAAAUGCUUUGAGUGUGGGAAGACCUUUGCUCUGAGCACACACCUUAAGCAGCAUCAAAGAAUUCACACUGGGGAGAUGCCUUAAAAAUGCUUAGAGUGUGGAAAGAGUUUUGCUAAGAGCACACUGUGGCGUUACACUCCACAAGUCAAUUCCAAAUGUAUGUUUGCGGUUUGUAAGUCGGUGGUUUUUAGAAUGUUGGCCUGUGUGGGCGGAGUUAGAAUGUCUUGGGAGGGGGGAGGAGUGAUAUAUAUAAGGGAAUGACUGAGGGGAUUGAGAGUCCUUGUCCUUGUUCUUUUCAGGAAAGCUUUUCAGGGAGACUUGUUAGGUACUCUUAGAGUCUGUAGUGCUCUCUGUAUUUAUGGUACUUAAGUUCUGGGAAAUUUGAGAGUCAGUGUAGUGAGUGGUGUCUUUAGAGUGUGGUGUGCACGUAGUGGAAGUAUAUUAAUCAAUAUUGAUAAUAAAGAAAGUUCGAGAGUGAUUGUGUGAGAAAAAGGAAAGCGCGAAUGUGAAUGAGUGUCCGGAUUGUAUGAAAGGUUUUAAAAAGGUUUUUAAAUGUUGUUAUUUGAAACAAAGCU